UCUCCCGGGUGGAAGCUCCGGUCGCGGAGUGAUGGUGGCUGCAGCGAAGAUGGGCCGGGCAGGGACCAUGGCGGUGGCGGCAGAGGUGGCAGGGGCGGGGCAGCUGGCGGUAGAGGAGGCUGUGGUCUUCAGGGGGCUGUAGGUGAAGGCAUGGCUCGGGCCAGCAGCGGGAACCGCAGCGUGGAGGCCUGGGGGGCACUUCGGGCGCCGCAACAGCAGACGCUGUUGACUUUACCUGCAGCCUCAGACUCCAUCCCAUGGCUGCAGUGGAAGCUUGCACUUCGAGAGCUGUGCCCAGGAGUGAACAACCAGCCUUACCUCUGUGAAAGUGGUCACUGCUGCGGGGAGACUGGCUGCUGCACAUACUACUAUGAGCUCUGGUGGUUCUGGCUCCUCUGGACUGUUCUCAUCCUCUUUAGUUGCUGUUGUGCCUUCCGCCACCGGCGAGCUAAACUUCGGCUGCAACAACAGCAGCGACAGCGUGAGAUCAACUUGUUGGCCUAUCAUGGGGCAUGCCACGGGGCUGGCCCUGUCCCUACCGGCUCACUGCUUGACCUUCGCCUUCUCAGCGCCUUCAAACCCCCAGCCUAUGAGGAUGUGGUUCACCGCCCAGGCACACCACCACCUCCAUAUACUAUGGCCCCAGGCCACCUCUUGACUGCGUCCAGUGAAUGUACCUGCUGUUCCUCUGCAUCCAGCUGCCCUGCCCACUUUGAGGGGACAAAUGUGGAAGGUGUUUCUUCCCACCAGAGUGCCCCCCCUCGUCAGGAGGGUGAGCCUGGGGCAGGGGUGAGCCUGGCUCACACACCCCCUUCUUGUCGCUAUCGUCGCCUGACUGGUGACUCGGGUAUUGAGCUCUGUCCUUGUCCUGACUCCAGCAAAGGUGAGCCAGUCAAAGAGGUGAGAGCUAGUGCUACACCACCGGAGGUGGAGGACUGCUCUCCCUGUACACUGCCUCCAGAGCCCACGCCUCAGGUCUCUCCUGUGGAGCUGGCUUCCAGUGAAGGGGACAUCCCAUAAGUGGUGAUGGGAGGAUAGGUGGGUCUCUUGCCCACCAGAAACAGCUGUGGUCCCACGUCAAAUCCCCCUCAACCCCUCCCAGCCCUUUAGAAUUUGCCUGAAAAGGCUGAAGCCCUGAGGUGAAGGGUGAUACUGGGGGACUGUGCUAGCUUUACCCACCCCCCCAAAACAUACACAAGAGCCUUGAUCUCAUUAAAGAGAUGUGAACCA